AUGGCUACCGGUGCACCCCACGCGGCAACUGAGCCGCUGCUCAACAGCCAGCAACGAACCGGCUUGGCCUCAAUCCACCAGUUGCUCAACGACGCGCGAGCUCAAGUGUCGCUACUAGUCGAUCAAGUCACCAAUCUUGCAAUCAAGAACAUGCUGACUGAGGUGGCUGAUGAUAUAAACGUGGUGAUUAAGAGUGUGAACGACAUUGAAGCAAGUGCUGCGGAUCCUGACAAACGGGCGAGGGUCUAUGAUCCGAGGAGUCUAGAGUUUCAAGCGGCUCAGGCGAAGCUCUCUCGACAGGAUCAAGAAUUUUUCAAGUCCCACAGAUGA